AUGGACAAACUCCCGCCUGUCGAGCUGUCUAAGAUUCUUCGAUUGUCCUUAAAACCUACCGCUACCCUUGUCACGAUCCUCGAGGAGACCGGCGGAAAUGGCCAACCGCCGAGCACGGUCGACCCAGAGCAGAUCCGCAGGAUCAUAAUCGCGCUUCUCUGGCACCGCAAGUUUAUUCUCACCUACUAUUUCGUUAUUGGCUCCAUUGUAGCCAUCUCGUGCUUACUUGCACCGUAUCAAAGAGCUUUACGAUGGCACAGAAAGAGACAGGCAGAAAAAGCGUCAAAUAUCUUCUCUCCCUCUCCGAAGAGUGCUCCAACCUCCUCGAGUAGCACUAUUCGCGAAGGGUCUCCUCCCCCUUCAAAGAACGACGCUGAGAGGACCCCACUGAUACCCAGGGAUGACACCUUGCUACGUCCGCGUCCUGCCUUUUCACAUCGCCUGAAGGCAUUCCUGGUGUACCAACCUCGUCCCAUCCGGGCUCUGACCUCCCGGGUAAAUGUCUUGCCGGACAAUGCUACAACUGUCUCAAUCCUUUUCUUCGCCGGUCUCAACCUGUUUUACCUGCUCUUCCGUGCCCCUCUCGAAACAAAAUGGAUAUUCAUUCUUGCAGAUCGAGCUGGGCUCCUUUUUGUCGUCAAUCUGCCCCUGCUGUACCUCCUAGCGGCAAAGACGAACCAGCCCAUCAAAUUUCUGACCGGCUGGUCGUACGAGGGACUGAACAUGUUGCACCGCCGGCUAGGUGAAUGGAUGAUUGCAUUUUCAGUGAUCCACAUGUUUGGAAUGCUCACAGUUUGGUAUACUAUUCUUGUUCCUCUGGGAUACAGCUUCAUCACCUAUAUUGCUUCUCCAACGGUGUACCUCGGGUUCGUAGCGAUCCUAUCUUAUCUCAUUAUCUAUGGCACCAGUACAGGUUGGUUUCGUCAGUUAUAUUACGAAGCAUUCCUUGGUUUGCACGUAUUUUUCCAAUUCGCAGCGCUUGCCUUUCUGUUCUUUCACUACCCGACAGCAAAGCCGUACGUGGUGGCCACCUUCUUGGUAUGGGCAAUUGAUAGAAUCCUUUGGAGGAGCACUCUGUCUAGCAGGAAGUUUAUCGCUACUUUAGAAGUGGCUCCAGACGAGAAGACCGUAUUAGUCCAUUGUGAUAUCGACUUGCAGCAAAGGACUUGGGGUAUCCGAGCUGGACUGCAUCAUGGUUGGCAACCUGGUCAGCAUCUUUUCCUGACAGUCCCGUGUAUCAGCUUCAAACAUCGAUUUCAGACACACCCCUUCACUAUUGCUUCACCAGCUCCCCCUGAGAAUACACAUCUCCAAUCAUGGCCGUUACAGUUAAUCAUCCGGUCGAUUGAUGGCUUCUCAUUGGACCUUCUCAACUAUGCGCGCCAGCAUCAGCAUUGUGAGGUGAUCCUAGAAGGACCUCAUGGUGGCAUGGAGGCUCCUGAGGCUGCACAUCACUCCGAUCGUGUCUGUUUUGUUGCUGGCGGAAGUGGGAUUGCUGUUACAUAUCCAUUGGCUUGGCACCAUCAAAUUAAGAAGCACAAUCAACAUGAUGCAAUGCUUAAUCUGCGGACCGUCUACCGAGACAGAUUGGAGCAUACACCCACAGUGCUCGACUGCGGAUCUGUCUUGAACACAAGGAGGUUCGGGCACUUCUGGGUGCGGCAAGACCCACGACAUAAGCAAUGGAUAUCUAUCGUCCCCAAAUCGCACGCGUUCAACUCAGUGGGCCUUGAAUCCAAGCUCGACAUUAAUUAUACCCCCAGCGCUGACGGUAUCGAGGAAGUAACCAGUAUAAUUACCCAUACAUUUGACACUAGGCGACCUGGACCGAAUGGAGGACGUCCCGACAUGAAGACCGAGCUUUGGGAUUGGGUGACCUCUCCCAAUGUCUCGAGUUCUUCAUCCUCAACAACUCUUGGCACACCGGCGACCAGCCCACUCGGGGAGCAGAUGUCGGUGUCUACGAGUUCAUCAAUUUCAUCCCGUCACAAUCUCCGUUCCAAGAGCCUUUUGAAGAGGAAGCAGGAAAAGAUCUGCAUUGUUGUCUCCGGGCCCAACGGCCUCGUUCGCGAUAUCAGAAACGUCGUGUCUCAGCUGGCUCAUGAGGGCUGGAACGUCGAGGUCUGGGUUGAGAAAUUCGGUUGGUAG